AGUUUUCAGGAAGUUGUGUGAUAAAACGAAACAGUCCCAACUUUGACAGGAAGAGUUUUCAGCUUGUCUUCAGACUGUUGGACAGGCAUUGUUAGGUGAUUUAAACAAAAUGCAGAGCAGUGCUUACGGGGCCUCUUUGGCCGGCGGUGCUUUUGAUUUAGCGAGCUUUGUCAGACAGCCUCAGACCAUUCUGCGCUGCCUGAGCUGGUUAUUUUCUAUUGUAGUCUUUGCGACCAUCACAGGAGAAGGCUACGUUAACUUGGCAAGCAAGGCAGAGGCCCAAUGCAUUUUCAAUGGCGUUGAAAGCGCCUGCAGCUACGGGGUUGGAAUCGGAGUCCUGGCCUUCCUGGCCUGUGUUGUCUUCCUCAUACUGGAUGCCUACUUCCCACAGAUCAGCAAUGCCAAAGAGAGAAAAUACAUUGUCAUAGGAGAUUUAGUCUUCUCAGCGGCUUGGACAUUCCUGUGGUUCAUCUGCUUCUGUGUUUUGGCCAACCAGUGGUCCAAGACCCCUGAAAAAACUGUUGUCCCUGCUGAUGCCGCUCGGGCUGUCGUGGCUUUCUCCUUCUUCUCAGUCAUCACCUGGGCACUCUUGUCCUACUUUGCGUAUGCAAGGUAUCGUCAGGGCGUGAGUGAAUUUGACCAGGAGUACAGAGACCCAGCCAACGAUCACAGUACUCCAUACCCACCUGCCCCAUAUGCCAGCGGCCCCUCAAGCUACCAGCAGUCGCCUUUCUCCCACAAUCAGGAGCAUCCAGGGGAGUACCAGCCUCCAGCUUAUUGAAGGACUGUGAUUCAAAAGCAUGAAUCCAACAAGGGAGUUUUCUUUUUAAAUAAAGACAUGUGCCAAUGGUUUCAUUUACAAUUCAGACUGUUCUCUGCACUCCGAUUUUCUUCCUGCAGAAAGUGUUUGCAUAUUUUUGGGUGCACUGAUGUGUUUUUAGUUUGUGCCAUUGUUGUAAGUUGUUUGGUGGAUGUUUGAUGCUUUGUUCACAGUGCCACACACAGCAGUUGAACUCUGAAAAUAUUAUUUUGUUAGGAGAUUAUCUUGGUAAUAGAGAGGAUGAGGGUGCCAUUGUUGUCUUUGUAGCAAAACACAUGUCGUUACUGCAGCACCCCUUUUGUUUCAUUUUAGAGUGCAGUUAGAGAGCUGUUAAUAUCAGAGCAUAAAUUGAUAAACAAGUUAGGAUAUACUUAGUUGUCUGGAAAUCCGCUUUGCGUUCUCGAUAUGACAACUGUUUUUUAUGUAUGUUACUGUUAAGUACAUAUAUUUUCAUUACUGUCAAAUUCAUAUACAGCAGUUUAAUGCAAUAAUUAAGCAAAACAAGGAUUCAUGUGCUUUGUUUUUUGAUCACAAAACAAACCCAUAUUAUUUGAUCACUAGGUGCAUUGAAAAUGUUCCCUCUGUAACUACUGUAAUGCUAUGUUUUUGUUUCUUUUUUAAUCACCAACCACUGAAAAUGGCUUUUAUGCACUGAAAAACACAGUUAAUUUCCUUGGGGGCUGUUAAUUGCCAAUAUCCGAUCUAAGAUUGUUGAUUGUAAUGGUUUAAAUCCAUUUCUGCUACAUUUUAGUUUAGUAUUUAAGGGUGUUUUGUUUUGAGGUAGUCAAACCAUUCAAUUAUAUGAGCUACCUCUGUAGAAGUUCAGUGUGACUUAUUGGGUUCAGUUACAAUUUUUAAAACAAGUUAUUCAGAAAAUGUUUGAUUUCAGGAAUUUUUUGAUAUUGUGGUAAUUAAUAUAUUUAUUAGCCUACAUAAUCCUUUCAGUCCAUGUGUGUGACAAUCAAAGCAUUUUUUUCUACAUUUUUUCCUUGCUUUUCCUUGUUUGUAAUUUAAAAGGUAAUUUUACCUUUUACAUACUUGCAGUUUUACUGUCAUGCUCAAAGGCUUUACAAUAUUUCUCCAUCAAAGUGCCUUAUACAGUAUUCUGUAUAACACAAGGUUUGCCAAAUAAAAACUGAUCUCGUUUUGAA